CUCUCCACGCCCCCGGAGCACGCAGUGCGCGUGCCCGAGGUUCUGCUCCAUAAAUCCUCCUCAGGAGCUCCUGGAGCCGGACUGUUGGUUCUGAGGAAGAGGAGGAAGAGGAGCGAUGCCGCCGCGUAAAAGCCUGUUCGCGUCCUUCAUCUCCGCGGCCCCCGAGGGGCCCGCGGACCAGGCGSACCGACCCGAGGCCGAGCGCGCCGGAGACGAGCCUCCGCGCGCCCUGACGGAGCUGCGGCUGGGGGCCCCCGGCGGCGCGCUGCGCCACCUGCAGCCGGACAGGUGCGCGCUGGAGCACGCGCAGAGGCGGCGGCGGCUGGCCGCCAACGCGCGCGAGCGGAGGAGGAUGCUGGGCCUGAACGUGGCCUUCGACCGGCUCCGGAGCGUCAUCCCGAACCUGGAGAGCGACAAGAAGCUGUCCAAGUCCGAGACCCUGCAGAUGGCCCAGAUCUACAUCAGCACCCUGAGCGAGCUGCUGCAGGACGGACCGGAACCAGACCCGGAACCGGAGCCCGAUGGAGAGGCCCGGGGCCCCGAGAGGACCAGAUAACCAGAACCAGAACUUUUAGAGACUCAAACUUUUUUAAUGUUUCUUAAUUAAUGUUUAAACAUUUGUUUCAAAUGAACUUCCUGUUAUUUUUUAUAUUUUUAUUCAGAAAAACUAAAGAUUUUGUUUCCGAACAGAAAAUCCUUGUUGCUCAAUUUAAAA